UGCCGUGGCAAUAUGAGUUUCAUCUGACCGAGUUAGCCAGUAAGAAGAAUCGAUUGGCGCGCAUUGAAAUCUUUGUGUGAUUUAACGUUGCCGUGAACAAGAAAUAAGUACCACUUGUAAACCCAUUCAACCAGUACCAGUGUUUGAAACCAGACAAAAACAUCGCUUGGCACAAAUGCUUCCUUGUUCAGUGUAGACACACAUAAUCGUCUAGAAGCAGUCUGUUCAGCGAAAGUGAAACUACUCAAUUCUCCUAGAGACGUUAACCAAAACAAAGUGAAAAGAGAAGAUGUUGUGCAAGAAAAAAAAACGUAAAAUUACCAAACUGUCUAGCGUGCAUAAAAUACCACUAAAAGGGGCCCCGAGUCGCCCCCGGCGGUCCGUAACCCAUUGAGGCAAUUUCUCGCUCGUCUGGCCACCAUCGACUGAUCAUUGAUAGAUCCGUUCGGACAUCGGAACCGAAUCGUGGAAAUUCACACAAACUCCGAAGCAUACCGUCGGUUGCUAUCAUAUCAUAGCGAGUUACCGAGUGCAAAAGUGAUCCGAUAAAAAUGAACAGCACACGGCACCGGUUGAUACGCAGUUUGAAUAGAUUAGUGUCUACUUCGGCCUCGUCUUCCGUGUCCCCAACGGCUUCGGCCACUGCAGCCACCGGCAACAGCAACUCAGCCGGCAAACCACAGGGCAAUAAAAUACCUAGCUCCAGCUAUGCAACGUCAACGUGUCCCCACAUGGUGGAAGUGGCGGAGGCUACAGCGUCCAUCAAUACUCGGCUGCACGGUUAUCCGGUGCAGCAAACCCCUCCGACCAUCAAGCUGGAGAAUGCCCGACCGUACUCGGAAGUUCCGGGUCCGAAACCACUGCCAAUCCUCGGAAAUACCUGGCGAGUAUUUCCCAUCAUCGGCCAGUACAAAAUUUCCGAUGUCGCGAUGAUAUCUUUCCUGCUAUAUGAGCACUUCGGUCGAAUAGUUCGACUGGGCGGUCUCAUCGGUCGGCCAGAUCUACUGUUCGUUUACGAUGCUGACGAAAUCGAAAAGGUGUACCGCAACGAGGGUCCCACGCCAUUCCGACCGUCUAUGCCGAGCUUGGUCAAGUACAAAAGUGAGCUUCGGAAGGAUUUCUUUGGAGAUUUGCCAGGUGUCGUCGGAGUUCACGGAGAACCAUGGCGAGAAUUCCGUUCACGUGUGCAGAAGCCAGUUUUGCAGCUUUCCACCGUUCGCCGAUAUGUAACUCCGCUGGAACAGGUAACCGAGGAAUUUAUCGAUCGUUGCAACCAAAUGCUUGACAGCAACCAGGAGCUACCCGAUGAUUUUGAUAAUGAGAUUCACAAAUGGUCCCUAGAAUGUAUUGGGCUGGUAGCUUUGGAUGCUCGUUUGGGGUGCUUGGAACCCAAUUUGGAUCCGAAUUCGGAACCCCAGCAGAUUAUCAAUGCGGCCAAAUAUGCACUACGAAACGUUGCUACGUUAGAGUUGAAAGCACCCUACUGGAGGUAUUUCCCAACCCCACUAUGGACAAAAUACGUAAACAAUAUGGAUUACUUCGUGAAAGUUUGUAUGAAAUAUAUUAAAAAUGCCACCAGUCGAAUGAAGCUGAACGAAGGUCGGGCCUUGGAUGGUGAGCCAUCGCUGUUGGAACGCGUAAUCAAAAGUGGAAAUAACGAAAAAUUGGCAGUAAUUAUGGCACUCGACUUGAUCUUGGUCGGCAUCGAUACCAUAUCGAUGGCAGUUUGUUCAAUCUUGUACCAGCUGGCAACACGACCUGUGGAACAGCAAAAACUGUACGAAGAGCUGAAACGAAUUAUGCCGGAUCCUAAGACUCCCUUAACGUUUCAAUUGCUGGACCAGGCUCACUACCUAAAAGCAUUUAUUAAGGAAGUUUUACGAGUAUAUAGCACCGUUAUUGGCAAUGGCCGAACCUUGCAGGAAGAUACGGUCAUCUGCGGAUAUCGAAUUCCAAAAGGGGUCCAGUGCGUCUUCCCCAAUCUUGUCACUGGAACGAUGGAAGAAUACGUAACUGACGCUCAAAGUUUCAAACCGGAACGCUGGUUGAAGCCCAGCCAGGGUGGAACUGGAGAUAAUCUGCACCCUUUUUCGACAUUACCGUACGGAUACGGAGCGCGGAUGUGUCUCGGGCGUCGCUUUGCCGAUUUGGAAAUGCAAAUUCUGCUAGCUAAGCUGCUCCGUUCGUACAAGCUUGAGUACCAUCACGAUCCAUUGAAAUAUGUCGUUACCUUCAUGUACGCCCCCGAAGGUGCCCUCAAGUUCAAGAUGACACCACGUGAAUGACUAUCCGAUGCACAGGUUCAGGUGAAAACGUACGGGUGCCCAUAAUGUUCACUAAAGUAACUCACCGGGGUUCGAGUUUAACCAGGUUUAUUUUGUAAAUAUGCACUUAGCCUAAUUUUAUACUUCAAACAUGUGUAAUUUCAAGAACUUUCUAAUAAAUACCUUCGUAAAA